AUGUUCCUCAUAAUGUUGGUUGCCGUCGUGGCCAUCAUCUUGCUGCUCAGGUUCCUCUACUACGACUGCCGGACGGACCCGGAGGAUCAGGAGGCGGCCGGAGGUGGUGGGGACAGAGUGGGCCAGCAGCCGCAGCAACUGGAGAGCAGCGAAGCCGGCGGCGGCUGGGUCGUCAUCGACAGGGCACCGGCAUCGAUGGUAGCCGGCGCGGACGUGGAGACGAUGGUGCCACCGGUGCGGGCGGCCGAGCCACCGCUGGUGUGCACGUACAGGAUGGCGGACGGGUGGCGGGAGGGCUCGUGCGGGGUGUGCCUGGCAGACCUCCAGGACGGCGUGGCCGUCAGGGUGCUGCCGGCGUGCAUGCACAACUUCCACGCCGCCUGCAUCGGCGAGUGGCUGCGCGCGCACGCCACCUGCCCGCUCUGCCGCGCCACGCUCGACGCUCCCGCCGACGACGCCACCUAG